CUCCCCUCUCUUUAUUAUAAACAAGUCUAUCUCUACACCUUUUGUUGUUUUCCUUUGGAUACUGUAGUCUGUACAUAGAAAGUGAGAAUCCUUGAAUGAAUUAUCUCUUUUCUUUUCUUUCCCAUCCUCUAUAUAUUUAAGAGUUUCUCAUUGUUCACACUCAAUUCUCAUUUCUCUUCUUUAUUCCAAUUCUUCGCUUCAUCCUUUUCUUUUCAAAAUAAAUAAUCAAAGACCCGGGCUUCCCACUCCUCAAACAGGAAAAUCUCACCAGUUCCACCCUCAAUUGUGCAAGAUGUCAAGCAAUGGUUCUAGUUCUAGGAGAGUGAAUUUCAGUCCAGAUAUCAAUGACACACAAAACAUAUCUCUGAAAUCAAAUUACAGAGUAACCGGCAACAGAAGAAGAGCUGCCGGAAUCAGUGGUUUCCGCGUACCGAAAAGCUCGUUAUCCUCGUCGUCAUCGUCUCAGGCUGGAUUCUCACCGAUGAAUUUCUUAUGCCGUUUGAGUAACAAGGUAGUAAGAGCUCUGAGGAUGGUUUCGUUAAGGAGACGAAGAACAUCACCUAAAGUCUCGUCUUCGUAUCCUUCUUCUUCUUCUUCUUCAUCGUCUUCUAAUCAAUAUAACAAUUUGGCGAGGUCGAGAUCUUAUGUGAAUCACCAUCAUGUUGAUUCUCAUCAGUCUGAAGCUAUUGAAGAUUGUAUCCAGUUUAUCAAUUCUUCUUCUUCCUUUCAGCGGUCAAAUUCUGUUUCUGCAUGCUAAUUUUGGUUUGGUUUAAUCUAUAGAAAAAUGGAUGCUAUUAUUACAUGUACAAAUUUUUAGCAGAGACAGAGACAUACUAUGUUUUCCUCUUAUUUCGUCAUGAGAAAAAGAACUAGAUUGUGCAAGUACUUUUCUUGUGGCAAAAAUUAGAGAUGAUAAUCUGAAACAGAGUGAAAGAUAUAUUGUUUUGAUUUCUUUUUUUUUUGGGGAGUCUCGUUUUGGCCAUUACACAGACGUGAGGUCCAUUACUGUCGGUGUAUGUUGUCUGUUUAUCACUAGCUUAUGAUGCGUAAAUUAGUGCACAAUCAUGAGAAACGUUGCAUUUAUUUUA